GACGGAAAGUCUUAGGGGAGGGUGUACCCAGUGGGACCUUGCCCGUAUAUUUAUCAACAAAAAAAACAGGCGCCCCACAUCGUACCAUCCUGGCACACUCACUCUCUAAAACUUUCCUACCUCGAUAAAUAAAUGCCCAGAAUAAGUCUUCAAGAAAUAAAACAACCGAAAAACAAGGAUCACCACAAUACCUGGGACAAAAACGCCUUGGCGAGAAAAUACCCAGAUAAAACACUCGGAUCCCUCUCCUCUUACCUUCUCAAUGCAUCCCCUUUGUGCACGGGGCACUAUGAAACCAGAGAUCGCUGCGGCCGUCGGAUUUCUGUCCAGAUUUCUACGGAUUAAAGGACAUGUGAAUGAACGACAACUUCAAACAUUCAGUCUGUCUCUCCAGGAUAUUCUGGCAGAACAGUACAAGCACCACUGGUUCCCGGACCGGCCCUGCAAGGGCUCGGGCUACCGCUGCAUCCGCAUCAACCACAAGAUGGACCCGCUGGUGGGCCAGGCCGGACAGCGCAUCGGCCUGACCAUCCAGCAGCUGUACUGCCUCCUGCCCAGCGAGCUCACGCUGUGGGUGGACCCCUUCGAGGUGUCCUACCGCAUCGGGGAGGACGGCUCCAUCUGCGUCCUGUACGAGUCCCAGCCGGCCGCCCAGGGGGGCUCGGGGGUGUCUGCCGCCGCCUCGGCCGGGGUGCUGCCCCCCCUGGUGGACAGUCGCAUCAGCUGCAAGGAGGAACUGCUCCUCGGGAGGACCAGCCCCUCCAAAGCCUACAGCAUGAUGACCGUCUCCGGCUAAGGGGCUGACGAUGCAAACCAGAGAGUGAUACCGACGGGGGGAAGAAAAGAAAAGAAAAAAGAAAAAAAAAAAAGAAAAGAAAACAGAGGGCUAUGGCCUGCUGUCGUCCAGGGGAUGGAAACCUCUUAGGGUUCUUUGUGCUUUCGUUACCAUUGUUUUGUUUUGUGUUGUGAUUUGGAUUUACUGAGAGCCCUGUUUCUUUGGGUUAGAGGACAGCGGGGCAGCGGUGAAGAUCAGCAAAAUGGCUGCCCCCGGUGAGAGAUUGGUGAAUCCUCAAAGCUGUCAAUGUGGACUUUGCACUUUCAAAUAUCAUUGUGUUUCACCCGAGCCCUACCACCCCACAUCCCCUCAUCCCCAAUUCUCCCCCAACCACCUGCCCACCUUUUACACCCUACACAACCACCUCAAGUUUUACGGAACUACUUUCAGGAUAUUUACCUAAAUAUUUCAGCAUAUUGAAGGUGUGUUUAUUUUGUUUCUUUUUUUUUUUUUGAAGGGUUUUGGCUUAAUGGGGUUGAAAAUCCUGGAAGUACUUCCAUUUUUUGGGUUUCUGAAGUCCAGACACUGCCAGCAGCUGUCCCAGCCAUUCCCAAAUGUCUGAAAAGAACCUCUUUUAUACAUACAAGGUUUUGGACCACAGGACAUUUGCUCAGUGGCUGGUACACUUUGGGCACCCCCCCCCCCCCCCCCCUUUCCUCCAGUUCAUUGACCCAAUGGUGAGUUCCAGUAAGCUGUUGUCAUUGGUUACCUGUAUGACGGUGGUUGCCACGGAUACCAUCUUCCUAUAACUCAUUUGGCAGAAGCUCCAAUGGCAGCUCUGCCUGGUUGGGGGUGGAGGCUUGUGGGCGGGGCUGUCAUGUCUGACCUCCUUUCAUUCACUCGGUAAAUGAAUGUUUUUUAAAAAAGAUCCAGAGUGGAUUUGAUUUGUUCCUCCUUCAUCACUCUGAAUCCACCGUGUAGCUAAACGUUCCUCGUCUGAACGACUCAGAGAAAUUUGUGUUUCCUGUUAUAAAUUGACAUUGAAUGCACUUUGACAUUUAGAUAGUGUGGGAUGUAUAUUUUGGAUAAAAUGGCCGCAUUCCAUUCACUAGAAUGUCGUAUUUUAUGAUGAACAUUUACCCUGUGCUUCUGUUCGCCGUGGUACCAGCUUGGCAGGUCUUGUGGACGUGUCUAGUUUUUAACCGUGUGGUAUGAGUGGGGAGGAAUUGGGUGUUUUAGUGUUGAUAUUGUGUUUGAAGUUCAGUCACGUCUGUUGAUAUUGAAGUUGGCUUUCAGGUUAGAGUUUUAGCCGUUCUUGCAUAUGUUCCCUUCUGGUCGAAGCCAGAGACUUUGCUCGGGUUUCGCAGUCAUAGCAGCACAGUGCGAUGUUAAUUUACUUCCCCACUCAUUUAUGAUGUUAAGUGUCAAUUACUGAUUGAAAGGCUUUGGAACAACUCAGCUUGAGCAGUGGGGGCCUGUUUGCACUAAAGUCCGUGAGCGUGAGGUUUGAAAGUUGUAAAGGAGGCGUAUUUGCAGCUUCAGGACUGAAGGAACUCCCUUUCCCCCCUCAAUGGUUUAAACCAUCUCCAAACAGAAGGGGGGGUGGGGGGGGGGGGGCUCUAUAAGGGCACAUCUUCUGAGGGAGUUGGGUACUUUUUGUCUUUGCCUAUUUUCUCUAGGCCCAGCAAGGAAAUGACUGGAAUCCCUUUGUCGUAUUUAAUAAAAACAAGAGCGAGGCACAGUUCAUGGACCACAACUGCUUUAGAGGAACCCCUUAUUAGUGCCUUUUCACCCCCUUGCAUUGAGACAAAGGUACUGCUGUUACAUUGGGGGAGCCCCGGUCCCUCCGUCGGCGGGAGAACGAGGGACGCUAUAGUCUUGAGCUGCGUAGGCGCAGCCAACAACGGCAAUAGGUGAGGUGCCGGAAGGCGAGCCAAGUCCAAAGAGGUGCAGCGGGCCCGUGGAGCGUGCGGUGCCACAUAUCACCCUCCCCUGCCCAGGUGUGGGGAACCGGAGACCAGUCAAAGGGCAGCUAAAUCCACUCCGGCCCCUUUCACGCGUACACCUGGCGGCGGCGAGCGACGCCAGCACGCGCACUGAGCACGCUCCGUGGGGCCCGGCGGCCCUCCUCUCUCCUCACUGGAGACAGACAGACAGACAUACAGACAGACAGACAGACAGGCGUUAAGGCAGAGGGAGAGAUAGAGAAGGUAGACUGCACUGGAGGGCUAGCGUCUCGGGCGAAGUCGUCUGCGUUUGUUUACAAAUACUGAGCCAAAAUUCUCGCUGAAUGGAAGCUGUAGAGGCAGACGGUUUUCAGCAUUUAUAGGGGCUCGAGAUGUUAUAGUUCUGCGUGGAAACUCGCCUGUCUUGUCGGCCUGUGGAGAUUUGACCAUUGCUCCAAAUCUAACCCCCCCCCCCCCCCCCCCCACUCCUCCCUCUGCCAGAGUGCUUUCGUCCAUCUGUGAAAACCUGCGGUUCCACCUUAAGCAAAUGUAUGGAGUCAUAAGGGGCUUAAAGCUGUGUUUGAUGGGUAAAAUAACAAAAAGGAAUUGAUUUUAAUGCAUUCUCUCCCCUGCUUUAAUGUGUCAUUAAUAUGGUAGGGAGACUUUUGGAUGGAGCUCUUACCCCCGAUAUAUUUUUGUUUACUUUUUAAAAGUCUGUAAAGUUCAGCCAUCAUCUUUUUGGUCCCUGGGUUUUAAAAUUAUGUAAAUGUCCACAGAUUCAUCAAAAUUAAUCUCAGUGUUUAAACUUACCAAUGAAAGGAAGCGCAGAUUUACUUCACCCCCAUUUUUUAAAUUAAACUUUUAUCCCUCUGUCUUAGUGUGCACUCUCAGGGCUGAAUACUCAUACUCUAGUGUGCACUUACAGGGUUGAGUGCUCCUCCUCUAGUGUGCACUUACAGGGCUGAGUACUCAUACUCUAGUGUGCACUUACAGGGCUGAGUACUCAUACUCUAGUGUGCACUUACAGGGCUGAGUACUCAUACUCUAGUGUGCACUAACAGGGCUGAGUACUCAUACUCUAGUGUGCACUAACAGGGCUGUCAGAUGAGUAUGAUAAAAGCUUGAUGACAGGGACGUAGUGGCACAUAAAAUGCACUAAUAUGUAAAGGUGUAGUUGUUUGAAAUUAAGACAGGAGUCUGUCCAAGAAUGUACCGUCAAACUCAGGCCUUGGAAUUUUGGACCUUCAAUAAACCCUUAAGAAAAAGUAUUAAUUAAUUAUAUGAAAAUGGAAGGAAUAUAUAUUUUUAAAAUGCCAUUGAUGAUGACUAUAUAUCCAUUUAUACCACUGUAAAAUGUGUAAUGUGUGCAUAUUGUAAAAUACGCAAGUCAAGUUGUACAACAUAUGCGUAACAUGGCAUAAACAAUGGAGACAUGCACAACAUACAUUUCCUUGAUAUUCCUUUUCAUAUUUUGACAUUACUUUUUCAUAAGGGAAGCCAUGGUGAUGGGUGUGUUGGUAAGGACCAAAGCAAGUUAUUCUGCUAAAAAUAUCAGUUUCCAUUCUCUGUGCUCAUGGACUAAUGCCCUUUGUUUUUUUGGUUUUUUUUUCUUUCUUUUUUUGUUUUUGAUUAGAAAAUAGAUAAAAGGAAAAAAAAAAAAGUGAGCUACCCAGGAAGAAAAGCUGUCUAUUCUGUGAUCUCACGUUAGUACACCCCUGUGAUGUCACAUUAGUACACCUCUGUGAUCUCGCAUCAGUACACCCCUGUGAUGUCACGUCAGUACACCUCUUUUGUGUUUGCUCUCUUCUCCUUGGGUGUGCUAUGAUGAACUGCUGUAAAUUUGUACAGUUCAUGUAAAUUGAUUGUGAGGAAGUUGUACAGAUUUCUAUAUUUUGGAAGAGAAGUUUUUUUUUUUCCUCUGUAAUAAAAGAUUUCCUAUCUUGGCAAAGUA